ACGUACUUCCGUCUCGACUUGGAUUAUGCCAUUUUGGCAGGCCGAACGCAGUCGUCUGUUUUCGUAGCGUGGAAAAAAAUAAAACAAGAUUCGCACUACGAUUCAUUAUACAUGAGGAGGAAGACGAGCGGCUUACAUAAAUCUUCCCAUAUUUGUUGACAUAAUUUAGCCAAAAUCGUUCCGGAGACUUUUUAAGGGUCGUACGCAGUUUUCACAGGUAUUUAGGUUUAGAAGACUUGCAAACAAAGGAACUCCAGACUGCUACAGGUUCGUUAUAAACAAUCCGAGCGACAUAUUUUAUUUAAUGUCAGCAUUUCUUUUGAACUAAGUACUUCACACGUUUUCCAUUAUUGCAUAAGAGAUUUGUAACAUAACUCCUCCUUGGACUGUGAAAUUAGCCUGACUCAUUCAGCCUUGUUAGCAACGUCGGCUAAAGUUAGCCGCAGUUGUCAAUAUCAAAACAAGCGAGCUGUAGCACUUUCCGGAGGAAAAUGGCGGAAGGUUAUAUUCGAGUGGCGGAGGAGGAAAACGAGGAGCCCAUGGAGAUCCCGUCGGAGGACGACGGUACCGUCCUGCUUUCAACGGUCGCGGCUCAGUUUCCCGGCGCGUGCGGCCUGCGGUUCCGGAGCCCCGUGUCUCAGUGCAUGAGGGGGGUGCGACUCGUGGAAGGGGUCCUUCAUGCACCGGAGACCGGCUGGGGGAACAUCGUGUAUGUGGUCAACUAUCCAAAAGACAACAAAAGGAAAAUGGAUGAAAUUGAUGCGUCUUCUGCUGUAAAGAUGAAAAGAGGAGACAUGAAGACGUCGGAUCUAAUCGUUCUGGGUCUUCCAUGGAAAACAACCGAACAGGAUUUGAAAGAUUAUUUCAGCACUUUUGGAGAAGUCAUCAUGGUUCAGGUGAAACGAGAUGCCAAAACGGGAAACUCUAAGGGAUUUGGCUUUGUGAGGUUCACAGAGUAUGAAGCCCAAGAGAAGGUGAUCUCCCAACGCCACAUGAUUGAUGGGAGAUGGUGCGACUGCAAGCUUCCUAACUCGAAGGUGAAUAUGCAAGGUCCAGACGAGCCGUUAAGGAGCCGAAAGGUGUUCGUGGGCCGUUGCACAGAAGACAUGACCACAGAUGAUCUGAGGCAAUUCUUUAUGCAGUAUGGGGAAGUCACGGAUGUCUUCAUCCCCAAGCCUUUCCGUGCUUUUGCCUUUGUCACCUUUGCGGACGACCAGGUUGCCCAGUCUCUCUGUGGGGAAGACCUUAUAAUUAAAGGAGUCAGUGUUCACAUUUCAAAUGCUGAGCCCAAACAUGGCAAUAGGCAGUAUGACCGCACAGCACGGUUUGGGAAUGGCUUUGGAGCUCAGGCAUUCGGCAGCAACCGUGGUGGUUUGGGGAGCAGCACUAACAGUAGUCUGGCCAACUUUGGUUCCUUCAGUCUAAAUCCUGCCAUGAUGGCUGCUGCCCAGGCUGCCCUGCAAAGUAGUUGGGGGAUGAUGGGCAUGCUUGCUAGUCAGCAGCAGACGUCCACUUCAGGCAGUUCCUCUAGUGGAACGAGCUCUAACAGGGACCAGAAUCAGUCUUUCAACACAGGCAAUAGCAACUACGGCACCAGCUCGGCUAGUCUGGGCUGGGGCACUGGUUCCAACUCCACAACCAGCGGUAGUGGGUUUAGUUCAGGUUUUGGGUCCAGCAUGGAGUCAAAAUCCUCUGGGUGGGGUAUGUAAGUUGUGGGUUUGUAUGGUAAGUAUUGCGAGAAGGAUACGUCUUUUGAAAAAUCAUUUCUGGUGUUGAGUAUUUGAAAAAGAUGUUUUGUACACUUGGGGGAAAAAUGCUAACAAUUUAAUUUGGGAAGUGUUUAAGUGAAUCGUUUACCAGAAUCUCUUGACUAAAGUGCUAUUUUUGACGUCUUGUUUGUUUUUUUGUAUCCAUUUCAACUGGAUUCUCUAAUGCAUGUAUUGUGAAAUGUGAUACCCAUUUUAAAAAAUGCAUGAAUGUCUGUGGUUCACCAUUAUCCAGCUUUGUCAUCGACUCUAAAAGGCAAUCUUGCAUUGGAAAGAAUCUGGUUGAAACCUAAAUGUUUUAAGUGCAACUUUCUUUGCAGUCCAGUUCUGUGGAAAAGCCUUCAUUGAAAUCUCUUCUGCAGUUCACCUCUCUUCCAUUUUCCUGUGAGGAAGUUCCUCUUUGGCAGAAUUCUUGGGGUGAUAUCCGUAUCAUUCUCCCUCUUCCCACCUGUAAAUGCUAUGCCAACAAAGAACGGCUUCACUCCGCAUGUUCUGAGAGACGGUGGGUGUUUUCACUUUUAUCCAUUUUUAAAUGGAGAGAACUGCGCAACGUUUUAAGAACUGAUGAGUGCGGUUGAGGAUGGAUUUGUGGCGAGGAGUGAAGAAAUGAGUGAGCGAACGAAGAGAAGCGUGAAGCGGACUGCUUGUGCGGUGAGAACCCAAUUUGACUGCUUUCUGAGUGUGUGAAUGGAAGCUGCAGAUGCUACGAGCGCCUCCCCUAACAUGGACAUUCUUUAAUUAGUACUCCAACUUCCUUUUUUUGUUUGUUUUUUUCUAUCUUUGCAAUAUUUUCCUUACUAUUAAGUAUGUCUGUUAAGUGCAGAAAAAAAUCUAAUGUGGAAUGUUGUGAUGAAUAUUUGUACUGCCUAUAUAAUCUGAUUUGAAUGCUGUAUGGUGUGUGCUUUCAUGUUAUUGAACUGAUCUGUAAGUGUGUACUUGAUGUGGGUGACACCUGCUGAAGACUCUGGGGGACGCGAGUGAUGGUGUGAGAACGUGGAGUGGUGUGUCCAAAGGUUCUCAGUUGUUCUUGUUCAUGUCAAAAUGAAGGGACUUGUCUAAUAAAGUUCAUUUGAAUAGUUAA